AUGUCGUCACAAGUUUAUAGAUCCACCAGGUCCAGCCAGCCAGAGGAACUCUCCUUUGAGGAUGUGGUCAUGACCGGGUUGGCCCCCGAUGGAGGUCUUUAUUUGCCCUCUUCAAUCCCACAAUUACCAUCCAACUUCACUGAAACUUGGAAAGACUUGUCAUUCAACGAGUUGGCCUUCGAGAUUUUAAGAUUGUACAUCAACGAACUGGAGAUCCCAAGCGACGACUUAAAGGACUUGAUCAAGAGAUCGUAUGCUACAUUCAGAUCUGAUGAAGUUACACCAAUUAAGAAAUUGGACGACAAUUUACACAUUUUGGAGUUAUUCCAUGGUCCAACAUAUGCCUUUAAGGAUGUUGCACUUCAAUUUGUGGGAAACUUGUUUGAGUAUUUCUUGGUGAGAUGCAACAACAAGAAGAAGGAAGGUGAGCCAAGAGACAUCAUUACCGUUGUUGGUGCCACCUCUGGAGAUACUGGUUCUGCUGCCAUUUACGGAUUGAGAGGUAAGAAGGAUGUUUCUGUGUUCAUCUUGUACCCCACUGGAAGAAUUAGUCCUAUUCAAGAAGAGCAAAUGACUACAGUUGAAGACGCCAAUGUACACACCCUUUCCGUUAAUGGUACUUUUGACGAUUGCCAAGAUAUUGUCAAAUCAAUCUUUGGUGACAAGGAGUUCAACGACAAAUACCAUGUUGGUGCAGUCAACUCCAUCAACUGGGCAAGAAUCUUGGCACAACAGACUUACUACUUCUACUCCUACUUCCAAUUGCAAAAACAACUCGGUGGAAACUCAAAAGUCAGAUUCGUUGUUCCAUCAGGUAACUUUGGAGACAUUUUGGCAGGUUACUAUGCAUACAAGAUGGGAUUGCCAGUGGACAAAUUGAUUAUUGCCACAAAUGAAAACGAUAUCCUUGACAGAUUUAUGAAAUCUGGAGAAUAUGCAAAGCAGCAAGAAGUCGGUGUCAAGGUCACCUACUCGCCAGCCAUGGACAUUUUGAUCUCGUCCAAUUUUGAAAGAUUGUUGUGGUACUUGAUCAGAGACAAUGUUGCCAACGGCAAUGACGAGAAAGCCGGCGAGAUCUUGAGCGGAUGGAUGAAAGAGUUGAAGGAAAACGGUAAAUUUACAGCACCUCAAGAAGUUGUUGAAAAAGCCAGAGUUGUUUUCGACUCCGAUAGAGUCAGCAACGAGGACACCAUCAAGACCAUCAAGGAAGUGUAUUCAAACAACCCAGAAAAGUACAUCAUUGACCCACACACAGCAAUUGGAGUCAAGACAUCCUACAGAUUCAUCGAAAAAGAACCUAAAGCAGAAUACAUCUCGCUCUCGACUGCCCAUCCAGCCAAGUUCUCCGAGGUUGUCAACAAGGCACUCGAGUCGUUUGACGGUUACUCUUUUGAGAAGGAUGUACUUCCAGCAGAGCUUAAGGCUUUGAGCACCAAGGAAAAGAGAAUCAAGCUCAUUGACGAGCCAAGCAUCGAAAAGGUGAAACAGGCCAUCAAAGAUGAGUUGAAGUUUUAA